AUGGCUACUCCCUAUCCAAUCAUCGAUCUGCAACCCGCUGGCUUCAGCCCAUCUCCCUCUAUUUUCGAACGAUUCGAAAAGUCUAUGGAGGAAGUAUAUGGCAAGUUCGCAGAAGUCUUAGAUCCAUCGACUUGGACACCUCCUCCAGUUGCCGGGGGCCAUCGAGGCCGAUAUCUAUGGACUGAUGCCUUUGGGGUCAUGAAUUUUCUAACCUUGUACAGGGAGCACACCAAGUUAGCCACUGAGGGCAUAGACCCAGAGAAAUACCUCAUAUUUGCAAAACGCCUUGUUCAAACUGUUCAUGAUGUUCUCGGGCGAACUCGAGAUGGGACCUCUCGCCUCCCACGCGCGACUGAUCAAGAGCCACUAGCAGGAGGCUUAAGAAUCGGGAAAGUUCAAGAGGACGGCCCGCAUGGCGACGGCCAGUAUCACCAUUAUCUCACUCAAUGGAUGCUCGCCCUUAACCGGCUAUCCAUGGCAACGAAUGAUCCAACUUACAACAGACAGGCAUGUUCUCUGGGUAAAGCCAUUCACCCACACUUCUUCCUUGGGCUGGAUACCAGUCAGCCUCAUAUGGUAUGGAAGAUGUCAACGGAUCUAUCACAUCCUCUUGUCUCUAGUGAAGGAAACUUAGACCCCCUCGAUGGAUAUGUCACAUAUUCUCUUGUGCAGGCGUCUGCUAGGAAGUUCGACGACGGUUACGUGUUAGACGAAGAGAUUUUGAACUACAAAAGAGUAUUGGGCCCUGAUUUACAUUAUAAACCCUCAUCAGAUACACUUGACCUGGGGAUGGCUCUUAUCACAACCCAGUGGCUAUAUCCUAAAGAAGACUGGGCUACUAGAGUUGUGUCUCGAUGUUUCGAGGAAAUUAGUAAGUUCGAACUACUUGCCUUACACGAUGAGAAUGGCCAAUAA